UGAGUCCUUCACCUGGAUGGCUCAUACUUCCAGUGCUCAGCAGAUUUGGCACCGGUGCCCGGAUUUCUCAUUCUUCUAAUGUUGUGCUGUGCAGGAGCCUUAGCAGACUACUAUGACGAACCAACACCAUCACCACCAGAGAAAUCUGGAAAAUGUCCCCUAGAUCCAUUAGCAAAGUGUCGUCCUAAAAUUCCUCCUGAUCAGUGCAAUUUGGACGAUGACUGUUAUGGAAAAGAAAAGUGCUGCAGGAUUCGGUGCACCAGAGAAUGCAUAGAUCCCAUCGAGGAGACCCCCGGAACAUGUCCACCACCACGCCGGACCGGGUGCUCACCCUAUCUGGAUCCUGGAUACUGUGAAGUGGACAGUGAUUGUCCAGGAAAAGAGAAAUGCUAUGUCAUGUAUAGGCCAGAGUGCAUCGAAGUGUAAUAAGUGAUGUGCGGCCGGCUGGAUGCAUCUCCGUCCCUCACAGCGGAGGACACAUCGCUGAUCAGCCUCAGUAAUUCUCUCUUCUCGCGGCUUUUCCUUCUCUAGUUGCAGAUAAACCUGGAGGUGACAGCGGUGAAGACCCUCAGGGCCGGAUCCGCUGCCCCAGGUGCUCAGUCUGAAUACACCCCCAUUAAAGGCAGAUUUCUCCUCCUUCUCAGCGAUCAUAGUGACAUUUAUCAAUGUAAUAAAGCAGAAGAUGAAAAAUGA